GAAGUUCACAUUACAAUUUACAUAUCUGCGAUCCUACCUAAAAACACGAUAAUUUACAGAACAUUAUUAUUGUUUUAUUAUUUUUGAAGGAAGCCAAUAUAAAUAUCUAUAAUGGAUUAUCCUCGGUCGUGUGAUACGUUUGUCAUUUUGCCUCCGCUAACAAAGGAUAAUGUCGUAAUAUUUGGUAAAAAUUCCGACCGGCCGCAGAACGAAGUACAAGAAGUGAUUUUGGUGAAGAACAGAGUCCGGGAGUCCAAACUUAAGUGUACUUACAUUACAAUAGAUGAAAGUCCCAAUGAGAUUAAUGAUGUAAUGUUAAGUAAGCCAGCAUGGAUGUGGGGUGCAGAAAUGGGUGCUAACAAUAAAAAUGUAGUGAUUGGUAAUGAAGCUGUUUGGACUAACAACAAUGAAGGUGAUGGAGAUGCUAGACAGAAGAGGCUAUUAGGCAUGGAUUUAGUCAGGCUUGGUCUGGAAAGAGGGAACUCGGCUGAAGAAGCUUUAGACAUCAUAACAGAUCUCCUUGAGAAAUAUGGCCAGGGUGGUCCAUGUUCAGAGUUUGAUGAUAGCCACUUCUACCACAAUUCUUUCCUCAUAGCAGAUUCAAAGGAAGCCUGGGUACUGGAGACAAGUGGAAAGCUAUGGGCUGCAGAGAAAAUUAAUCAAGGAUACAGAAACAUCUCCAAUGGUCUGACAAUCAAGACCAAAAUUGAUAAACAUUCAGAAAACUUGUUUGACAUUGCUGAAAAAAUGAAGUAUUGGGAUGGAAAAGGAAAAAUGGAUUUUACUUCUGCAUUUUCCUCUGGCGGUGAUGAGAUGCGACAAGCAGAGGGCGAAAGGUUGCUGGGUGCAUUAUCCUCAGGAAAAGUCUUUGACAUAAAGGCUAUGAUGAACAUCUUAAGGCACAAGGACAGUUGUAUAUGCCGAGGAGUUGACGACACUUUUCCAACACAAGGCAGUCAGGUGUCAUCUUUAUCUGCUUCGGGUGUUAGCGUACACUGGUUCACGGCCACACCUGACCCGAGUGUAUCGUAUUUCAAGCCGUUUAUCUUUACGCCAAAUGCUAUGGCUUCCACUUACACCGUCAGUCCAAAUGAGGAAAAAAGAGAACAUUACCUGUACUCUCUUCACUCGAAAUACGUAUUAAGAACGAAUAACGAGAAAAUUACGGAAAUCCUUAAAGGCGUUGAAGAUGAAUGCCUCCGAGAAAUAAAAUCGCUUAUACAAAAGCAUACAUCAGACGAGAACUCCGAAAUUGACGAACUUUUUAAGAAAUGUGUCGAAACAGAGGUCAAAUUGUACGGUUAGGCUGCUAACUAAUCACUUUAAAAUUUUAUUCUGAUUAUUCAGGAAGCUAGAUUAAUGUUACAAAUGUUGACAUCAAAUUGAAAUACAUCGUUGCGUGUAAGUUUUUUUUAAAUAAUACCUUGUAUGCUCCGACCUGAAACCUGUAUACGCUGGGAUAAGGCUGUGCCCCAUUAUCGACCCUGUUUUAUCUGAUAUAUCAAUUAUAUUAAUGAUAUAUUGCAAUUUGCCCCGGCAGUUUCCCGCUGUUAUAAGUAAAAAAGGUAUCUCGUUAAAAACUGCAUCAAUAGGGGUUGAUUUGUCGAAAUAUUACAUAUUUAUAUAUUACAUAGUUAUUUUAGGCGUUUGUACAUUGUUCGUACAAACAACAUCUUCAUUAGAAGACUCUUUAGUUGCUCGAUAAAAAUUCCAUUUAGUACUUAGUUUAAUUAUUAUGUAUAUGAUACUUACAUAGAUUUUUAUUCUGUUUUGUAUGAAUAACUACGAUCUUAUGAUCUAUGAAUUAUAUAUUAGCUUAUAAAAUAAAAUAUUCGUUUAAAGUAAUAUUCAAAUAAAUUAAUUUCAUUUCAUGGAUUAAUUUACUAUACUAUAAAUAUUAUUAUGGUCAAAAGUAUCUCUAGUCAAACAAGCUUUGUACGUCUUCGUGAAGCUUUUCACGUCGAAUGAACGUCCCAAAUAUUUUUAUAAAUUUUCAAUGUUUCACGUUUGUUUCCUUAACUUUGAGGUAUUGGUCGUCAGUCAAAAUUAUUGGUUCUUCAUUGUGCUAAAAAUGUAACCAUAUGUAAUAUCAGAACUAUAACACUACAGAAACGAAUAAUCUUAUAUAAAUAAAAGAAAUACAUGUAUCUAGAUUUAGAGUAGUUGAAAGCCUUGAAAAAUUGGUGAAUGUUAUAAUUAAAAUGCACUUUUCAUUGCUUAACGUUGUGAUAUAAAGGCCUUAUUUAUAAUUUUGGAAUCAAAUAUUUAUUUAAAUAUAUAUAGCUAUACAUAUGUUGCGUUAAUUUAAUUGUAAAUGACAAUGAUUAUUAUUGUCAUAAUGUAGGCUUAAAAUUGAACCACCAAACUGAUUGUAUCGCCCAAAUAAGUACAGCUUGAAAAUGUAGGGCCAGGUUCACAUUAUUCUUUAUUUCAACUAAAUUCAUCUUCAUUAUCAAUAAUAUCAAUAUAGAUUAAUAAGAGGCACCGGUGUUCGCGCAUUCGAUACCGAUGUAAAAGUAAAAACUAAAACAAACGUGGAGCCAUCACUGACGACGCCUACACACUGACAAUUGUGUGAAAACUGCGCUUAUUAGUUUUUACACGAAUAAAUAUUUACCAUAUGAACACCCAGCUGAUUGUAUGUUAUAUGUAUAUAAAAAAAAACAUGCACGACAAUGCCGUGUGAACCUGGCUUUACGUUGAUCUAUAAUAUUGUAUUUGCAAAUAAGUGCAACAUAAAAACUACUAUUAGUUUAAGUAAUCCCAUAAACUCUGUCUUUAGCACAAGAUUGGUCACUGGAGAUUUGAAUCAACCCUCCCCGGGUCUUGUAAAGCAUCUAUAAGAAUAUUUUAAGUAAUGCCUUUGUGGGGUUUUUAGUCACGGGUUCAGAUAACUUAACAUGAAUAUCCUCUCGCUUUAUUAGCUAAGAGAUUUUAUAUUUCACGAAUUUACUAUUCUAUGCACUUAUAUUUUAGGAGACUUACAGCUCAUUUAACGAUAUUUUAUGAAGUUAUUGUAAGAUUAGUAGAAUUAUAUUAAAGGGCUUGUUGACAACGUUCGUCACAGAUUUUUCUAUACUUAGUAUGGUUCUCCAUAGUUUGCUGAUCUUUUUAAAAUAAAAUAUAUGACGUAAGGUACUUAGGACUAGUUAAUAAAUAACGUCGGGUGCAAUCUCUCAUAGUGCUAAGGCACUAGUAUAUAGAUCAAUAUUGUUUGUAUCCGUUAUAAAUGGCAACUAGAAAUAACGAUGUGGGGUAUUAAAACAAACAUUUGUUAGAAUAAAUGUAAAAGAAUUUACAUUUAUUCUAACAAAAGACUUUUCUUAUUAUAUAAUUAACCAGCAAUUGUUCAACACCUUCUCUGUGACGUUUAUUUUUAUUCCAAAGAUGAAUGAAGUAAUAAACUACGAAAAUAAUAUGACAUUUAUAAUAAUUAAAAUAUUGUAUUGUUUGGAAAAAAGUCCUGACACUAUCUAGAACCAUGAUAUAUAUUGUCAUAAUUAUUAUUUAAAUGCUUUAU